CUACAGGCAUGUGCCACCACCCCAGGCUAAUUUUUAAAUUUUUGCAGAAACAGGGUCUCACUAUGUUGCCCAGGCUGGGAUGGGCUACUUUUGACAUACCUAAUGACCUCAAUCUUGGUUUUAAUUGUAAUAAGUUUAGGAAAAUAUAUUCUUUAUUAGUAGCAUUAAUAUGUUCACCCUUUUAUUCCACACUCAUAUUUUAGAAAAUAACUACAGAGAUAUAAUAGAUACUCAUAAUUGCAUAUACACUGUAUUAAGGUCAAAGGCGGCUACAUUGUUAAAACUAAGCUGUUUUGGCCAACCAAUGGCCAAUUUCACCCAAUGAUAGCUUGAAACAUUUUUCAAAAGUUCAUGGAUAGCUUAAUACUUAGGUGGUGGGUUCACAGGUGCAGUAAAUCACCACGGCACAAGUUUACCUAUGUAACAAACCCACACGUCCUGCGCAUGUAUCCUGGAACUUAAAUUAAAAAUUUAAAAAAGUUCAUGGAUGAAUGUCCAAAUUCAAGUAUUAAAGUAAAUUUAGGAGUAUAAAUAUGUCAUUAUGAAAACUCAGAGCUGCCAGUAUAUUUUAAAAAGGAAUUGAUUAUCUGUAAUUUUUAUUUGAUUGAAUAGGCUGUAGCAUCCUUCUAUAACGAUUAACUCUGUUUCUCUCUCACUUUGUCUUAACCCAAAUGGUCUUCACUAUGCUCCUGGUGACAAGUUUAAGAAUUCCCAUUAAGAUUAUAUCUUAUGUAUCACUGGGCUUUCCCCCUUCCUUUUAUAUUUAAUCCAUUCAUUUCCAGAAGAAAUUCUCUUUAGUUGUCAUAUUCUUCACAGGAAUUAUACCAAAUAUUAUUAAUAACUCAUUUAUUAUUGUUAGCAUCAAUGGUAGAGUUACCAUAUAAUUUCUUACCUACAUCAGAAAAUGUGUGAAAGUGAAAGGGAACACUAUUGUUACUUUCUUAUAUUAAAAUAUCAAAUUCACCCUUGUUAUCUGUCUUAGGGUCUUUAUUUGCAACAAACAUAAAUCCACUGAAAUUAACUUAAGUAAAUGAAGAAUUUAUUGGAAGGGAAUGGGGAUGGCUUAUUAAACCCUAGGAUAAGAAAUGAAGCUGAGACUUUUGAGGAUCUGAACCCAGCACAUGGAAAGCCAAGAGCUUGACGUGUUGCUCUGCUUUCGAGGGGUCAUAGAUUACUAACUUAGUGAUUAAGUCCAUGCCUUUUUUAGGAGCCAUAAGUAAUGAACCAUUCUCAGAAUGAAUAGAUCAAGGAUGCCAUGAGGUGUCUUUCCAUUACCAUUAUAUACCUAUUUAUUGCUGUUGUAGUUCAUUUUUCACGUUUUCACAAACACCCGUAAUUUGCCACAUAAGCAUGCUGCCAUGUACAUAAUAGAAGAUGAGUAAACAUUUGUUGAAUGAAUAAGUAUUAUAACUCACUUUUAGAAUGCUGUCACAUUCCUUCUUUUACAUGAAGAUGUGACAGUGACAUUUGUUCCUCCAUUGACUGAUUAUGCACAUCAGUAUUGCCCUGGGCAGGAUUGAUGUGACUGAUCUGACACUUUAUCUUUGUGUUCCUUGCAGACUUUAAUUUUCCACCUAACACAUGAAAAUCUUAGAAGAUCAAAUAACACUAGUCCAGGAUAAUUAUCUUCAAAAACCAUUUGAUUGGUUUUCUUUGAAAGUCAGGCUUACUGACUUGAAAAAAAAUUUUUUUAAGUAAUUGAGCAGUUUGAAUUAAUUAAAAGUCUGAAUUAACAAAAUCUGCCAGAAUAGACUUCAUUUAAUUUUUUUUUGUAGAAAUUACAAAAGUGCCAGGAAUUUAAUUCUCUGAGUGACAUCUUUGUGGUGAGAUUAGGUCAAUAAAAAGCUGGAGAAAACAGCCAGAAGUUUCUUCACACAAUUGUUCUAUACCAGACCCUCCCUGGCUCCUGUCUGGGGUUUUUCCCUCCCCUUAUUGUUCCUCAUCAGAAUUGGUCCCUGGGACCCUGGUCUUUGGAUCUGCUUUCCUCCCAGCAUCUUGGCAAGUCAUUUCUGAUUCCCACCCAAACUCUUCUGCUCCCAUUACCAACAAUUCCAACUGGAUUUCUAGCAUCUAUCUUUAAAUAUCUCUUGACAUCCCUUUGUGAAAACAUUAAUUGUUGCCUCUACUGCAUGAUUUAGCUCCGCCUCCCACACCACAGACUAAGACUGAUUACCAAUUAUGCACUGCUGGUAAAGAUUUGGUUCCUAAAUGUGAGGAUACAUUGUUUUUGUUUGUUCGUUUGUUUGUUUGUUUUUUGUUGUUGUUGAUGUUGUUGAGAUGGAGUCUCGCUCUAUUGCCCAGGCUGGAGUGCAGCGGCACAAUCUCAGCUCACUGCAACCUCUGCCUCCCGGGUUCAAGUGAUUAUCCUGCCUCAGCCUCCCAAGUAGCUGGGACUACAGGCGCACGCUGCAACACCUGGCUAAUUUUUGUAUUUUUAGUAGAGAUGAGGUUUUGCCAUGUUGGCCAGGCUGGGCUUGAACUCCUGAUCUCAGGUUAUCUGCCCGCCUCAGCCUCCCAAAGUGCUGAGAUUACAGGCGUCAGCCACUGCACCCGGCCUCAUUGUUCAUCGUUAAUAUAUUUCCAAGCAUGGAUCUUUGUAUCUGCUCUAAUGAAGAGAUACAACUCGUUUAUUAUUGUUAGCAUCAAAAGUAGAGUUACCAUAUAAUUUCUUACCUACAUCAGAAAAUAUGUAAGAGUGAAAGGGAACACUAUUAAUAAUUACUCUGGAAUAACAGGUGCACAUCAGGAUUGCCCUGGGCAAACUGAGACUAUUGUCACCCUAAUCAUUACUGAUUAUCUGGCUUCUCUAGGAAAAUAUUUUGUUUCUGUAUUGAGAUUCAUUUAUUUUUCUUCAUGUGUUUAAAUCUCUUUUUGAGUUUGCUAAUUUCUGGAAAUAAGCAGUUCAGUAAGUAGAUUAGAGAUCAGUCUUAUUGAAAUGCUCUUUAGUCCUUUUUGUCCGACAUCUUAGCGAGGCUGCGGUGUCUGCUGCUGCUGUCCGAGCUUCACAAUGCCACCCAAGGAUGACAAGAAGAAGGAUGCUGGAAAGUCGGCCAAGAAAGACAAAGACCCAGUUAACAAAUCCGGGGGCAAGGCCAAAAAGAAGAAGUGGUCCAAAGGCAAAGUUCGGGACAAGCUCAAUAACUUAGUCUUGUUUGACAAAGCUACCUAUGACAAACUCUGUAAGGAAGUUCCCAAUUAUAAACUUAUAACCCCAGCUGUGGUCUCUGAGAGACUGAAGAUUCGAGGCUCCCUGGCCAGGGCAGCCCUUCAGGAGCUCCUUAGUAAAGGACUUAUCAAACUGGUUUCAAAGCACAGAGCUAAAGUAAUUUACACCAGAAAUACCAAGGGCAGAGAUGCUGCAGCUGCUGGUGAAGAUGCAUGAAUAGGUCCAACCAACUGUACAUUUGGAAAAAUAAAACU